UUUUAUCAGGAUCCGGGACCCUUGACGGGAAGAUUGAGAACCCCACGUUCGGUCUAAUAACACAUUCAAGAUGGCGGACACUGAAGCUCACCAGCAAUGUUUAUCAAAUGUGUAAACAGGAGGGAAAAUCUUACACAUAGUCUGAGUCACCCCUGAUCGGAAAGAAAAUGGCAGCUAGCGACACCAGACGGCGAGUGAAAUUGUAUUUGUUAGAUGAGAAGAAAGUCUGGGAGGAUAAAGGCACCGGACAUGUGUCGUCAGCGUACGUCGAAAAGCUAAAGGGGAUGUCAUUGCUUGUCAGAUCCGAAAUGGAUGGUUCCAUUUUACUGGAGUCCAGAAUUCGGCCCGAGACAGCGUACCAGAAGCAACAAGAAACCUUGAUUGUGUGGUCUGAGGCUGACCAGUAUGACCUAGCUCUUAGUUUUCAGGAAAAAGAAGGAUGUGAUGAAAUAUGGGAGAAAAUAUGCACGGUGCAAGGUAAAGACCCUUCAGUAGAUGUUACACAGGAGUGUAUCGAGGAAUCGGAGGAGGAUCGAUACGAAGAAUUCCCUGAUGCAGCCCCACCAAUUGAAAUGCCUCCCUGUGAACUUAGCAAGUUGGAUGAGAUAGCUGAACUGUUCAGGAGUGUUUUGCCCACUCCCAUCCGAAAAGAGAAACUUUUCUUAGCCCUGGAGGCUGAGGGUUAUAUCAAAAAACUUCUAGAUCUGUUCCAUAUGUGUGAAGACUUGGAAAACAUUGAUGGUCUGCACAACCUUUACGAGAUCUUCAAAAGCAUAUUUUUACUAAACAAGACCGAGUUGUUCGAAAUCUUAUUUGCAGAUGACACUAUUUUUGAUGUUGUCGGUGUUUUGGAGUAUGACCCAGCAUUGAAAAUGCCAGCUCAACACCGGGAGUACUUACAAAAGACCGUGCAGUUUAAGGAGGUUAUACCAAUUUCAAAUCGUGACUUACUCAACAAAAUUCACCAGACUUACCGGGUCCAGUACAUUCAGGAUGUGAUCCUACCCACACCGUCUGUGUUUGAGGAAAACAUGCUCUCAACUUUAACUUCAUUUGUGUUUUUUAACAAAGUGGAAAUAGUUGGAAUGAUUCAGGAAGAUGAGAAAUUUUUACCAAGUCUGUUUGCUCAACUUAUGGAUGAUGAAACAGAUGACAGCCAGCGCAGGGACCUUGUCUUAUUUCUGAAGGAAUUCUGCACUUUUUCACAGACUCUGCAACCUCAAAAUAGGGAAUCAUUUUUCAAGACAUUAUCAAAUCUCGGGGCAUUAUCAGCUAUAGAAGUCAUCCUGGCUUUGGAUGAUCCAAAAAUGAAAUCUGCAGCCAUUGAUAUUUUCUCCUAUAUUGUCGAAUUCAGUCCGUCCAUGGUUCGAGAAUUCAUUCUCAAAGAAGGCCAAAACAAAGAUGAUGAUGACUUGUUGAUCAACUUGGUGAUAGAACAGAUGAUAAAUGACACAGAUCCUGAGUUAGGUGGAGCUGUGCAGCUAAUGGGGAUUGUGAAGCUGUUGAUCGACCCAGAGAACAUGAUGGCUACAGCAAACAAAACUGAGAAAACAGAGUUCUUAGGAUUUUUCUACAAAAGAAGCAUGCAUGUUCUAACUGCACCUCUGUUUGCCAAUACAGUAGAUGCCAAACCCAGCAAAGAUGACUUUCAGACAGCUCAGUUGCAGAGUCUGAUCCUGGAGUUAUUAACAUUCUGUGUGGAGUAUCAUACGUAUCAUAUAAAAAACUACAUCAUCAGUAAGGACUUACUACGCAGGGUGCUCGUUCUCCUGAGGUCAGGACAUGCAUUUGUAGCAUUAGGUGCCUUAAGGUUCAUGAGGAAAAUAAUAGGUUUAAAGGAAGAGUUUUACAACCGCUACAUCACCAUGGGCUGUCUUUUCCAACCAGUUGUGGAAGCUUUUCGACAAAAUGGCAAUCGAUACAAUCUACUGAACUCGGCAAUGAUAGAACUCUUUGAAUUCAUCAAAACAGAAGACAUCAAAGCAUUAUGUACCCAUAUCAUAGAACAUCACAUCAAAGAUCUAGAAUCAGUUACCUAUGUCAAUACAUUUAACGCUCUCAAACUUCGUUAUGACCAACAGCAGGAUCGAAUGAAUGGGAUGCCAACUUACAACAAGAAGAACCAACUGUGGAUUGACUCGCAAACACUGGAGGAGGAAGAGGAGAGGUGGUUCGACCAGGAGGACGAGGUGGAAGACGGAGAAACUCUGGUGCCAAUGAACGAUGUCCUUAAGUCCAAACUGGACUCGGACUUUGAUCAGAUUAACCGCUUUAUGGAAAACAGAAAAGCCAAAGAACAAUUAACAUUAUGCCGAGAAUCCCCACCAAGGUUACUCCACAAAGCUUCCAUAAAUAUCAACAUCAAGUCUGGACUGACCACCAACAGUCCCGUCAACAGUCCAGUCAAUAGUCCAGGUCACUCACCUGGCAGUCCAGGAAGUCCAGGCAGUCCACCCAGUCCUGGUAGCCCUCUGAUGGGCAUGCCUUGUCCCACCCCCAACACCUCACCCCAGACACCUACAUCAUCCCCAAAUCAGGACCCCUCAGUGAUAUCAAACAAACGGCUGGGGUUAAUAGGACUGGUUGACUAUCCGGAUGAGGAUUCAGACGAAGAAGAUGAGGAGGAAAUUCCGAAUGCAAAACGACCUCGGUUAUCAACGUAGCAAAGAGUGAAACGGACACUUCUGCUGUGGUUAAAAGGACAAGCUUGUACCACAAACGUGAUAAAAUGCACCAAGGUUCUGCUGCCUUCAGGUCUAUUGAAAGGUAGUCCGAUGACAGGACCCUCGCAAACUGAAAACAGAAAUGAUGAUCUCACUGUGGCUAUAUAACAGGACAGUCUCGUCAGGGUGCUCUAAUCUAUCCCUGUGAAUCAGUGGAAUGGUUCAGGUAUUCAUUCUACACAUGCACUGAGAGAAGAUGCUUGAAGCAUACAGCGUGUCUUGCAUUUGUGUGUUCUGCAUUGCUACAUAAUGAACAAAAAUCUGUAUACAAUACACAAGAAAAAGAUAGUAUACUAUUUCCUCUCUCCCCCUUACCUUUGUUCUCUGUGAUAUAUUUUAUUGACUGAUGCCUAGUCUCUUCUAUGUCUGUAAAGAAAACAAAGUUUAUCACCAGAAAAGAAAUAGUGCUAUCUUGGUGUUUGUGUUCAGAGGGAUAUUUUAUUUGCAUGUGUAUGAAAGUCAUGAAAUUGUUCAAGUUAUGGACUGGUGAAAGCUCGACCAAAGGAUCCAAAUGGAGUUGUUAAAUUGAAUUGUUAAAUCUUUGGUCCUAGGAAUCUGUGUAUUGCCUCUUUCAGAUAUCCAAAUGGUUAUCUAUUUCAUGAUUUAGAACGUAAUUGAAAAUCAAAUUUGAAUGUACAUUCCUCUUUAUUACACACUGUGACAGUGUAUGCAUGUUGAAUUAGUUUCAAUCCAAUCCAGGAAUUUUAUAAGAACUAUGGAUUUCCAUAGUUUAGAAUAGCAGAUGAAUUUCAUCUGCAUUACAUGGAACAUAAUAUUUUCUUUCAUGUAUAUUUUCUUCCUGGAGAUUUAAGAUCAAAGGUGAAUAUUGUUUUCUAUCAGUGUCUGUCCAUUACUUUAAGGGAGACAUGAUUAUAAUAAGGUCAAGCUCCAUGUUUGGUCAAGGUCGUAAAUAUAUACAAAGGUCAAUGGAAUUUCCACCUCCUGACUGGGUAACACUUCUCCCCCUUUCUCUUUUUUCCCCUAGGUUGUUUUCCCCUUAGCAUUCUUCCAAUAAAUAUGCAGUAUUAAAUUAUGUCCUGAAAUAAAAUCAUAAAAUAUAGUAUAUAUAUAUAUAUAUAUAUAUAUAUAUAUAUAUAUAUAUAUAUAUAUUAAUUUUGUUGGUAAUUAUUUUGUGCUGGAAUCUGGCCUUAUGCAUAUCAUAUAAAAUGAUAAUAAAAAAUUGAAGUGAUUUGGUAAGGGGCCAUGUUUUCACCAAUGUCUUCCAUCACAGUAGUGUUAAGAAAGUGGAUAAAUACAGUUAACGGUUACAUUCCUGAAGACAGAACGUGCUGUAAAAUUAAUGAAGAUGGGCAAUGGAUUAAAUCCUAAUCAAAUGUGAUAUGAAUGAUUCAGGACAAGUUCCAGUGAACUGUAGGUGUCAUUUGAAAGAUGUGUGUCAAGUCUUUAAGUUGUGAAUGCUGUGUGGGUUGUAUCAUUUUACAAGAAUAUGUAUAUUUUUAAAAGCAGUAAUUAACCAACUGAAUGAAUUGCUAUCAUGAACAUUAUUUAGGAAUAUUGACAAGAAAAUUGUUUGCUGCAGAUUUAUAGGGACUACAGAUUUGAAUUGAUUUUAGUUGAUGAUCUUUCUGGGUUUUUUUUUCUUCCUUUCUUUUUUCUCUCGUUUGUUUGAUUUGCAUGAAAUGAGGAAGUACACGGUAUAAGGCAGCAUUUUCUACAGACUAACUUGUCAUCUCCCGUGUUACAUCUACAAAGUAUUACUACUGCACAGACCAUUUUAUUUCAAGUCAGUUCUAUUUUUUGUUGUAGUUUUUAAUCAUUAAGAAAUCAGUUGAUUUCACAAGAGAUUGUGUACCUUGUUGAAUUUAGAAACUUUUUAUAUCUUCUGUGAGACAUUAACGAUUAAAAAGGGGGAAUUGCAAAUUGUGCCGAAGCGAUAUAAAAAUGAUGAGGAUGUAUAUAUAACACAGAUUUUAAAUUAUUUAUUGACAAGUGGUCGGAGCAGCUAUCUUGUCAUUCUUCAUGGUUUCUUGCAUCAGCUGUUUUUGUAAAUAUGGUUUGAUGCUAACUCACUUGAUAAUGAAAAUAUAUUUAUUAAAGACUGCAAAUCCCAAACCUGCAUUUUAUCAUUGUCAAUGUUUUAGCAUUGUAAAAAGUCAAGUCAUGUUUAAUUAAAUGAGGUAAAACAAUGAAAACGAAUAAAAAAUAUAAAGUAUA